CUCAGAGUUAAUAUAUAUACUGAUAAGAGCUGCUUGAUUUUUUUUUUUAAGAAAUUGAUUACUAUUAGUUCAAUUUUUGUAUUGAAAUAAUAAGAAAUGCCAACAAUGUCUGAUAAGAGAAGUAUUUCGGAAGUUUCCACCCCAAUCUCGGAUCAUGAUGAUAAGAAAGCCCACACCAAACCAGGUCGUAAACCAUUAGAUUCCGAACCUAAGUCCAAGAGAACUGCUCAGAAUAGAGCUGCUCAGCGUGCUUAUAGAGAACGUAAAGAACGUAAGAUGAAGGAUUUGGAAGAUCAAGUUAAGUCGUUAGAAGAUGCACACGUCCGUGUAAGUACUGAAUCUGAUUUUUUAAGAGCACAAGUUGAUAUGCUAAAGAAUGAAUUGGCAAGAUAUAGAGGACACUCUGAUUUUUCUGAUUUGAAUCUUCCAACUAAGGUUGGCCACUUAUCUAAUCCAAAUCCAAAGAAAGAAGAAGAAGACUCGGAAUCUCCUGAAGUUUCUAAACAACUAUUAUCUAAAUUUCCUUGGUCAAAAGAUAAUUUACAAUCAUUUAAUGAAUUAAAACGUAAAGAUCGUUCUAAUCAACAAGUACCUGAUUUGAUUGCUGGUGGGUCUCUGAGUUCUACUUCUCCCCUUAAUGAUAAUAUUUUGGUUUCUCCCGAAUCCCAAUCUACUGAUUCUGAUUUUGCUAAUAAUUUUGAAGAACAAGUUGAACCUUUUUGUAUAAAACUUAAUGAAGCUUGUGGUACCAAAGAAUGUCCUAUUCCUAAAUAUAAAAGACAUGAUUCAACUACUACUAGUGAUGCAAGCCAGUUUGCCAAAAAAAAUAAUAAUCAUAGUCUAGAUGUAAAUAAUCAAGAUUCUCCAUUUGCAUCUUUAUACAAGAACGAUCAUGAAAAUGAUGCUAAUAAUGAUCCAUUUUUCAAUAAUAGUGAAGGUUUCAAUUAUGAUUUCCUGUUGAAUACUAACAAUGACCCAUUAUCAUUUUUGAAUGAUAAUGCAUUUGAUGUUUCAUUGGCUUUUGCAGAUAACUUUAAUCAAAAUAAAAAGGAAGCUGAUCCUUUGGCUAACUUGACUACUGAAGAAUCUGCUUACGAUCCUUAUAGUGAUGAGGUUAAUACCAACUUUAAUUUUAAUGAAUUUGUUAAGAGUAGUUUACCUUCAGUUGAUUCGAGUGGUCCUAAUUCAGUACGUGAUUCGGCCAAAUCUUCUACUUCAUCUUAUACCAGUUAUAAUUCCAAUAACUCCAAUAAGAGAUCUGAUUAUAAAAAUACCCCAACUGUUAAUGAAACACCCAAUAAUGAUGAUGACGAUGACGAAGUAGUACCGGCCCCCGAAAGAACGGUCAGAUGCUCUGAAAUCUGGGACCGUAUCACUUCCCAUCCAAAAUAUACUGAAAUCGAUAUCGACGGUUUAUGUAAUGAAUUAAAGAGUAAAGCAAAAUGUUCAGAAAAUGGGGUUGUUUUGAACUCUAAUGAUGUUAAUGCUUUACUUGAAAGAUCUGCUGUGUCGAGAAAUUAACUUUGUCCAAUUUUAUCUGUUGUAUCAUUAGCUAUGAAUUUUUUUUUUUUCCCUUUUUCUAAUAUAAUCAGUCCGUGUGGCUAGAUACCUUGGUAAUCUUUACCUUGUGUUCUUGUAUUCGACUAGCCCUCUUUCUCUUCAGUUCUAAUGGGUUCAUGUUUAUACUUAAAGUUAUUACUUUUUUUUCUUUAUAAUGUUUACUUGGC